AUGGUUUGGUCCUCAGCCUUGUGCACUCUGACCGGUCGCCUGGAUGGAAAGCUGGCAAUUAUCACUGGGGCCAACAGCGGGAUCGGAAAGGAAACUACCGCCGAGCUGGCCAGACGAGGCGCAAAGGUGAUUAUGGCCUGUAGGAACAAGGAGCGAGCCGAGGAGGCACGCAAAUGGAUCCUCGACUGCUACGGCGAAGGAAAGCCUGAGGCCCUGAGGCAGAAUGUGGCUAAUGAUGAGGUCAAGAAGUGUCUCACGCCAGUGAAGCCAGAACAGGUAAGUGGGAAAUGA